AUGUCGCUGUCGCCUGAGUCACGGUCGGCUUCGUCAGAUUUCGUCAACGACGAGUCCAUAGAAACACGAGCCACGUCUACUGAUCACGACGGAAAUUCUCUAUCCAAAUCAUCCGCUAAACUUGACAAUCCCAGACAAUUACUCCACGACUUUGACUUGGUGCCGCCCCGCUCUCCUAGAAUGUCGUCUGCGGACUCGAUGAUGGAUAUCACUCCCUUUUCGUCCAACAACAGCAACGAUCUUGACGACUUUGUAGUAUACUCAGAUUCAGAUGGAGCUUCCCAAAGCUCCCUUGAUCUUAAACAGGGUAUACCCUCUUCAGUGCACCACUUGCAACUGCUGCCACUUGCCAAUUUGGCUACUGAUUCCGACGGAAGAUCGUCGCCGUUGUUAAACUCGUCCUUAAAGGGGAAGCGAUCCGGAACUCUGACUCCUAAACGUAGAACCAAGUCAUCCUCACCAAAGCGUCCUCCCCUCGGAUCAUCGGGAACAGACGGGGAAGAUACACCUAGCACAAAAAGUAAACGUAGAAUACGAAGAAAGUCCAACAAGUCAGACCAAAGUGAACGUUCUCAUCGUUCUUCAUUAAAGCAUUCAGAAUUUGUAGGAACAGGUUAUACGCUGAUGCCUGCAACUGGCAAGAUUUUCCGUAACUUAUUGAUCUUGGAAGAGUCGCUUCGUGAACAAGUUAUCCAGCAACGAGCUCUUCGUCGUAAAUAUUUGACAUUUUUAGCAAUUCUCUGCUCGUUGAUCGCAUCCAUCUCCCAUCACUUGUUUGUGUUAGAUGCUUCAGUUAGCUCAACGGGCACUGUAAGAGUGAUUCUCCAGUUCACGUUACUUGCAUUGUUGGUCACCUUGAUGUUGUACCACUUGUCGGGAGAGUACCAGAAGACGAUUGUGCUUCCCCGGAAAUUCUUGUCGUCCACUAAUAAAGGACUCAGACAACUUAACGUCAGAUUGGUCAAGAUCAAGACACCUUUAACAGACAAAAUUACAGACCUUAUCCGAGAGAUACUGUUGUCUAUAGUCACAUUGUGUGUAGAAUGCUUACACUAUAUCAACCCUUCAGCGCAGAGCAACAGGAAAUCGAAGCUCGAAGUGUUUCUUGUUUCGUGCCAACUGCAAUGCCAACCUCGGAUCGGCGUUACAGACGUGAAACUCGUAUUAAACGCCAGAGUGUUUAACACAGAUAUCAGAGAAGGCUGGGAGUUAUACAGAAGCGAGUUCUGGAUACACGAGGGUGUUAGAAGGCGUAACGAUAUGAUGGCAUUUGCCAACGGCGAGCCUCAGCAGCCCGGCGUCUUGGACAGGAGUAGGCUCCUCAAAAAAGAUAGGAAGGAAAGAAAAGACAGAAGGAAAUCGGGGAACACCUCAGCUUUGUCUACCCCCAUUCCCAACCGACUCAGCGAACAGAAUCUCCAAAAGUUGAGCCAAGGGUUUGAAAAAACGAGCCGAAGUUCAUCUCCUUAUGCGGAGCUAGACCUGAUCCGCAAUGAUAUUCACGAUGACUCUACCCCUACAAGAUCUAAAGAACUUCCGGUCGAGUAA